UAUUCACUAUUCAUCAUUUGUUUCCUAGAGCCAUCUGCACUCAUCAAAGCAAAACCAAUCUCUCAUUGUUGUCUUCCUUUCAUUCUUUCUUUCUUUCUUUUAUUUUCCUUCAUUUGUUGCAUUUCUGAAAAUGGCUGAGACCUUGCUUCAAAUUGUGCUGAAGAACUUGAGCCCUUUGGUCCAGAGUGAAUUUGCAGCCUUUUCUGGAAUCAGGGAAAAGGCUGAAGAGCUAACACUCACUUUAGAAUUGAUCAAAGCUGUUCUUGAUGAUGCUGAGGAGAAACAAUGGUCAAAUCGUCCUCUCAAGGUGUGGCUGCAGCAGCUUAAACGUGCAAUGUACGUGAUGGAUGAUAUCCUUGAUCAGUUGUCUACUCAAUCCUCUCAGACUGGGUGCUUAUCAUCUUUGAAUCCAAAGAACAUGAUUCAUCGGCGUGAGCUUGGGAAGAAGUUGAAUAAGAUGAUAGUGAGGUUGGAUCGAAUUGCUCAACGUAGGAGCAACUUUGAUCUUAGACCAGUUGUGAGGAAAAGGUCAAGUGAAGUAGUUGAAUGGCGCCAAACAAGCUCAACUAUCGCCGUUCCUCAAGUGGACGGACGAGAUGAAGAUAAAAAGCAAGUUGUGGAGUUUCUUCUUAGCUCAUCACAAAGCUCUGAGUCCCUUUCCGUCUAUCCCAUUGUUGGAUUAGGUGGUCUUGGGAAAACAACACUUGUUCAGAUGGUCUACAACGAUCAGCAAGUAGGUAACCAUUUUGAUUUGAAGAUUUGGGUGUGUGUUUCUGAGAAUUUUACUAGGGGCACUAUUUUGCGUUCCAUUCUAAAAGCCAUGGAAGUGGAUAAGUAUGAGCGCAUGGAUUUAGAUGCAAUGGAGAAAAAAGUGAAAGAAUUGCUACAAAGUAAAAAGUAUUUACUGGUUUUAGAUGAUGUGUGGAAAAGAAGCCAAGAAAUGGAACUGGGAUUAACCCAAGACAAAUGGGAUGAGUUAAGAUCUAUAUUGUCUUGUGGAUCUAAAGGCUCCUCCAUUUUAGUAUCCACUCGCGAUAACCAUGUUGCAACAAUUAUGGGAACAUGCCAACCUCAUCAUUUGGACCGUCUAUCUGAUGAUGAUUGUUGGUCGUUGUUUAAACUCCGCGCAUUUGGAGCUGACAAAGAAGAGCGUGCAGAGCUUGUAGCAAUAGGCAAGAAGAUCGUCAAGAAAUGUGGAGGAUCACCUCUUGCAGCACUGGCAUUAGGUGGUGUGAUGCAAUCCAGAAGCACGGAAAAAGAAUGGCUUGAAGUUCAGAAUAGUGAGGUUUGGAGUUUACCAGAAGAGAAUGAUAUUAUGCGUGUCUUGAGAUUAAGCUACUCUUGUUUAACGCCAACUCUAAAGCAGUGUUUUGCUUUCUGUGCCAUAUUUCCCAAAGAUAUGGAAAUCGAGAAGCGAGAAUUGAUUUAUCUUUGGAUGGCUAAUGGAUUUAUUUCAUCCCGGCCAAACUUGGAGGUAGAGGAGGUUGGCAACAUGGUUUGGAAUGAAUUAUACCAAAAGUCAUUCUUCCAAGAUGUCAGGGCUAAUGACUUUUCUGGCAAGAUUUAUUGCAAGAUGCAUGAUUUAGUCCAUGAUCUUGCUCAAUCAAUUUCAGAGCAAGAGUGUAUAUGCUUGGAGAAACUAAACCUUAAUGAUUCUUCAAGAAACCCCCAUCAUAUUCUUUUUCACGGCAUUUAUAAAAUCCAAUCCAAGAAGAGAGCCUUUGAAAAAGCUGAAUCCUUGCGGACCUUUUAUCAGCUGAAUUCACAUGAAUUUCGCUUCAGUUCUAGAUUGAUUCCAAAAAAUCAUUCUCUUCGAGUUUUGUGCAUAAAUGAUAGGAAGAUACCAUCUUUGGGGAGUUUAAGUUGCUUGAGGUAUUUGGAACUUCGAGGUUUGCAUAUGAAGAGCUUGCCUGCUAGUAUUUGCAAUUUGCGUAGAUUGGAAAUCUUGAAACUAAUACGGUUGAAACAUCUUCGCCGUCUACCAAAACACCUGACGAGGAUGCAAAAUCUCCGGCAUCUUGUCAUUGAUGAUUGUUGUUCUCUAACUGGUAUGUUUCCUGAGGCUCACAAAUUAUGUGAUCUGAGAACACUAAGUAUAUACAUUGUGAGAUCAGAGAAAGGGCAUAGUUUGGCAGAGCUACGUGAUUUGAAUUUAGGAGGAAAGCUAAGCAUCUCAGGCCUAGGAAAUGUUGGGAGUAUAUCCGAAGAUGAAAAUGCCAACUUGAAGGGUAAACAAGACCUUCGAGAAUUGAUAUUGUCAUGGAGCAAAAGUGGUAAGAGGAAGUCGGUAGUGGGAGCAGAAGAAGUACUUGAAGCGCUUCAACCUCACUCCACACUCAAGCUGUUGACAAUACAAGACUAUGAGGGAUUACAAUGGCCAACUUGGAUGGAAAACAAUUCUGCUACCUACAAUUUAGUUUCUCUUCAACUUGUCCGUUGUGAAAAGUGCGGGCAUCUUCCUCCAGUGGGAAAACUUCCAUUUCUGAAGAAGCUUUUUGUAAGUUGGAUGGAUGAUGUGCAGUACAUUGAGGAAGAUGAAAGUUAUGAUGGUGUUGAAGCAAUGCCAUUCCCAUCUUUGGAGGAAUUGCAUGUGGUGAGAUUGCGAAACGUGGAGCGGUUGAUGAAACGGGAAACAACACACAUGUUCCCCUCUCUUUCUAUCCUCGAUGUCUCUGAUUGUCCUAAACUGCAAUUGCCGUGCCUUCCACAUGUUAAAAAACUCACUGUUUGGGAUUGUAGCAAUGAGCAACUGAAGUCAAUCUCUAAUCUCAACGGUCUUAAUGAACUUUAUCUUUUUGAUAGUUAUGAAGUGUCGUGCUUCCCUGAAGGAAUGAUGAGUAACAUGACCUCUCUUGCAACUCUCGAGAUAACAUAUUUUAGAGAAUUGAAGGAACUGCCAUCUGACAUCACAAAACUCACUGCUUUGUCUCAUCUAUACAUCGAAGACUGUGGUAAGCUGGAGUGUUUACCAGAACAGGGUUGGGAAGGCUUAUCUUCACUUCAAUAUUUCGCUAUUGCUCGCUGCCCAAUGUUUAAAGAGCGGUAUGAGCCAGGAAGAGGGGAGGAUUGGCACAAGAUAGCACAUGUUCCCAAUCUAUUGAUCUGGUAAUCAUUGUAUGUACUUAUUGUAUUCUUAGUCUUUAUACACUGCUUAUUCAUUAUUUUCUUUGCUUUUUAUUUUGUUGUGUGUUUGGAUAAUCAUGGUUUCAAUAUCUUGUAUAAUUGUAUUCUAUUUUAUCUUCAUUUCUACUGCUCUUUUAAAUU